GACGAAGGCAAGCAAGAGCGUGCUUUCAACUGUUGAAUUCCAAUACCAGUCAGCAGUCGCGUAUCGUGCUUAACUUUUCGUCCGGUGCAUCGAGUGCAGUGUUUACCUGUAUAUUUGUAACUAUUUAUUUACUGACGUUUAAAAUCUAAUAGGAUAUAAUAAAAUUUUCAACGAUUGUUUUCACUUAAGAUUUAUAGUAAUUUGGACCGACAUUCAGACUUAAAUGGACUUAUAAUUCCAUAAAGAAACUGAAAAAAAUGUCAUCAGCCAUAUGUCAGAAUUUCGUGCAGAACGCAUGGAAAAAGGAACUUUGUUCCAACUGCUUCAAAUCCAAGGAUGAGCACUCCCCAAGGCCCAGGCCAAAACCCAUUUCCUUAAAUCCCAACAAAAAAUUGGAAAGUAUAAUAAAACAUACGACAAAAUCUAAACCUAAGCGAACAGUGAAAUUUCCUAUUGAACUGAGUAAAGUUAUUGGUUACGGAGGUGAAGACUGGGAAGAUGAUUCCGAAGAAGAUAAUGCGGAUUCAGAGUCCAGUGAAAAUAGCGAGGAAGAGUGUGUGGUUGAAUCCGACGAAGAAAUUAAAGAACUAAAAAGAAUAACAAAGGAGAAUACUGAUUUUAACACAACGGGGCUCAAGAAUAUUGUUGAAACUAAGAAAUCUUAUACACAACUCUUGCUAGGCAAACCCCUUGUUGAUAAAGAUGGUAAAAAACAAACGUUAUUGGUUUCAGUUACGCCAUUCGGUGAAGAAUCCACUAAGAAGUCUAAAAGCUCCAACAUUCCUAUAUCGAAAACAAAUAAAGAAAUGGUUGUCACCGAAUCUAAAACUAACGUUAUCUUAAAAUCGUAUACUAAAAAUGAAGAAGAAAAAAUCGAAACAGAAGAAAAAUCGUUGUUGGAUGAAAUAAAUGAAACAUUGGAAAAUAAUAAGAGCCCUAUUCAGAUAAUUACCAGAAAGAAAACUCAAAAAGAAAUAGUGCUAACAAUGUCAGAUUCAAACAAGGAAAAUGAAGAAGAAAAUUCAAAAACCAAAACCGAUAAAUCUGAAAAAACUAUCGUACCUGAGAAAAAAAGUAAUUUAUCACGCACACCUGCACUAAUAAAAAAAGAUAACGAAAAACCCGUCCAAUACCAAACGUCAUCCGCAAAAAUAGAAUUACUAAACAACAAAAAUACAAAACUAAACAAAGAGACUGUUUAUAAUAAUAAGGCUAAAACUGAAGUAAAUAACAAUCAAAAGACUGAUAUCGUAGUAGAUCAAAAGAAAGAAAGCCUUAAUCUAAUUAAGGCUGAAGCUAAGAACACUUCAGAACAAAUAAAUAACAUAAUUCAAACUGAAGUUAACAAUAAUAACACAAUUAAGAAAACGACCGCAGAAAUCAAAGAAAAGAAAACAGAUUUAAACGAUAAUACGGCGGAAAAACCACAAGAAUCCCAAGAAAAAGUAGUUGGUCUACCCCCGCAAUGUCCAAAAUACACCAACAUGUCAUUUCCGCAAAGUCGCGAACUGGCUGGUGAACCAGAUGGCCGAGCGGACCCGGAAACAUCGGAAAGGCCAGCUCUACCACUCACACCACCUCCAGUUUUGGAAGUACAAACCUCAUUCCUCCACGCGAACGUUCCUCUAUUCGAAAAACCGAAAAUUCCUUCAAAACCAUCCACUGUUCUCAUCAGAAAACCGGUUAACCCUAAUACCCACAUAAUUCCUGCCCAAACACUCACUACAUUCAUCAGUGAACCUAAAAUAAAAGAGGAAAAACCGACCCUCUGCAAGCAGGAUUCCUUUGAAAGCGACGUUUCCGGCAAAGGUAUUAACAAAAGAAGAGCGCCUAAACCUCCAGAGGAGAAUGGCAUCUACGCCAGACAUUCCAGCAGUUCGAUGAAUGGAGACUCUCCCGUCGUUCGUGAGAAGGAAAAGCGUGAAAGGGCUUCUUCGUGUAUUCCAAAAGUUUACUGUCCCCAGGUUGAACCAGAAUACAGUACUAUGCCAGAACCUGCUCCAAGAAAAUCGCUAUCAAUAUCAACUGAUAGUUUAGCCUCUAAUAAUGGAGAUGAAAAAAAGAAACCAAAAGGAAGAUUUAGUUUGAAGAAGUUUUUGAGAAUGGGGUCCAACAAGGAUUUAGUAAAGAUGCCUAUGGAUAUUAAAAUAGAAGAAGUACCAAUCGAAAUUCCUCCUCAACCCAAACCUAGAUUGGUCAUUGUCCAUCCAUCUGAACUGAACGGCGCAAAGGUGGAAGUAGUUCAAAAAUCGGCAUCAGAUCAAGUUGACUAUGCCAAUGGAGUAAACGAUUACGAAACCUAUACUAUUAAACCCAGCAAACCUCCUCCACCUCCAAGAAACCUUGAAGACUGGCAAAGAAAUGCCAAACCAAGCCUCCCGCAUCCUCCUAAAUCCAUGGAAAUCAUCAACAAGCAGAGGCAAAUCUCUCGAAGCAACUCCGCGAUUAAAAAGACCGAAACAGUGUACGCAAAUAUUGGAGAAGUCAGGAAUUCCAUAGUUCCAAACAAACCCCAAAGAACUGCUAGCAUGCGCGAAAGGGAAGCAAUGCAACAAAAGCAUAUACACAGAAAAAAAGAAUAUCAACGUAAUAAAGACACCGAACAUGUGUAUGAUUAUAUUAAUAGCGCGAGGUCCAGCAGUCCAGAUUCCGACUCUAGUCGAGGCAAGAGAAGUCCAACCAACAAGACUGUUAGGUUAAAUAAGAGAUCUGAAAGCAGCAUUGACGUUUCUGGGGAAUAUUUCAAAUACAAUAACAUACCGAGAUCUGUUUCGCUGACUUACUGCGGCAGCGAAACUGAAUCCGAGAUUUAUUCGCCCUAUAGUUUUUACGGAAGCGAAUCAGAGGUCACUGAGGACGAUCACGAUUGGAUACAAAAUGGAAAAACUCAUAAAUUAAGGUCCAGAAAGGGAAGAAGUAUUGUGCACAAGAAUCUUGAAGAUAAUUAUGGUGCUGUGAUAGUGGCUAAUCAUGAGGCUUUAGCACAAGUAUUGGAAAAUAUCCAACAAACAAUUCACAUUCUUCCAGCCCUGAGGGGUUUAAAAUCAACGCAAAACUUAAGAUGGUCCGAUUUUACGAUAAAAUCUGGCACCCAGACGGUCGUGGUAGGACAAAGAGCCUUCCAUCAAGCACUAUGGGGUGCUCAGCAUGUUACAUUGGUAGUUAAUUCAGGUGCUUUAACUACAAGUACCAUGUCAUUGAGUACUUUUAAUUUGACACCUGUUACGGAGUUUAAUGAUCUGAUACCAUGCAGUUAUUUGCCUUUCUGUGGAAAUGAAGAUAACAAACAAAUACAAGCCAAUAUUUCCGUUCUUCCUUGGCUUCAAGUUAAUACAAUUGAAUCCUACAGUGAAAUACUUAAAAAUAGAUCAUCUUUAAAUCAAGAAGAAACUUUGAAAGAUGCUAGCUUCAUAAUGUUGCAACUUGUAAAUGGCCUUAAGUCUUUGCAAGCCCAGGGUAUAGAAGAAAUGCCUGUUUCUCUAAACAGUUUUAUUUUAUGCAAAGAAAUGGACAGAGAAACAUAUCACAGAUUAUGCAUACUACAAGGAUUGGGUUCUGAGGUUUCCAACAAAUCAGAAGAAAAGUAUGGCACCCUUUGCAUGUGCGCCUCUAAAGCUUUAAUGGUACUACAACCCACAGCUAAAAUAACAACAUUAAUUCAAUCUCUUCUAAGCAAUGAAAGAGCUGUUUCCUUGACCCAAGUUAAGUCAAUUCUGGAAUUCACUUUGUGGGGUCCAUCGGACGUCAAUUUAGGUAGCACCAUCCGCGAGAGGGAGCUGGCGUUGCAAAGAUGGCUGGAUCUGCAAAGGGCUACCGUUUUGCAUGGACUUGUUUGCGCUAGAGUUCAACUUACUAUCUACGAGGAAUGUCAUUUGCUUUUCUUGGUUAGAAGCAAUUCAAGAAUGAUGUGUGAUGCUUCCUUAUUGAUUGAGUCUAGUAAUAUGAAACAUGCUUACAUAAAUAGUCAUAAAUAGGAUUAUUUUUAUGUUAUUGGUGAUUGAUAAUAUAGUAUUUUAAUUAGUUUUUAAUUUUUCUCAUGCAUAUGAUUUUAUAUUAAAAUCUUGUAAGAGAUACAUACUCAUUUUCAGAUUCUUUUGUAAUGAUGCUUGCCUUUACAUAGUUUUUCUUUAUAACUUUUGUAUAAGUAGGACUAAAAUUUGUAUAUGUUAUUUAAUUUAGUUUGUAUACUUUAUUAGAUAUUCCUAGCUUUUAUACUGCCAUUAAGAUAUACUUCUUGUAAAUAAAAAAUUAUAUUAUAUGUUAUUUUGGUUUUUGGAAAGAUUAUUUAUAUUUAUGUUUUCUCCAUGUAUGAUUUACUACUAUAUUGUUUAUUGUAUAUAA